AUGAAGGCCCAACACCCCCGACGGGGGCGAGUGAUGACCUCCCGCCCUCCGUCACUUCUAUCGCCGUCGGACGUCAAUGCACUCCCUCGUUCACGGUUCCGAAGAGAAGAAACGUUCCACGCGACAAGUCCGUCUUCCGAUGAGGAGGAUAUCCUGGCCGACCUUCACCCUCUACCUCGCCGCUCCCCGACGUCUCCGGCUGCCCUCCAGGCCAUUGUCGCUGGCCAGGAGCGCAUGACCAAGAUGUUGAGUCGCUUCGACCUGCGCUCGCCCCGAACGCCCGCCUCUCGAGAUAUUGACGACGAACUUCCUGUUCGCAAGGGUGUUUUGGAGAUCCACCUUCGGCGCUCGCAGUCUGGCAAAGAGAAUUCAUUCAACAAGGAUUCGAACAAAGACCAGCGAUCUCCGAAAAAGGAAGCACCAGCGAGAAUGAGAAAGGUGCACUGUCACCCUUCGGACAGCGGUCUGGGAACGUCCAUCAGCAGCUGUCAAACCGCAUCUUCCCGUCAAGUCAAAGAAGGCCAGUUGUCCCAGGGCAGCUCUCAAACACAGUCAGCCAUCACUAGCUCAAUUAUGGCGGUUGAUUCUGAGGCCGCGCCAAAGCAGAAGCUCAGCUUGGGCGCGUGUCUGGAGAUCGAGAAGCGUAUCUUCAGUCCCCUACUCGGACAAGAGAUGUGCAAGCCGUUCCAUCACAUUGUCGAAAGUGCUCGCCGGCAGAUUGCCAAUGAACAGAUCGGUACACUCCGUGAUCUUGAAAAGGCGCUACUUUACGUGGCUGCAGAUGUGGAAUCGGAGGUCGGCUCCUACUACCAAUUCUGCAGUUCUACCAUUUUGUGUCUGCACGAAACUUACACCCACUUAAAUCCCCGCGAUCUAUGCAUGCCCUCGGACAAGAGCUACAGCAAUUCCUACUUCUUGGAUCUCACCGCGCAGGUUCACCGUUUCAAGGCCAUGCGAGACGAGGCUCGCAAAAACAAGAAAGAUGCACCUGAGGCGAAAUUGAUUCUACAAGGCGGCAUGAGCGAGACUGGGCGUCCUCUUGAGCUUGUUGCCCAAAAGGAUGGGGAGGAGGUCUCCAUGCAGACCGGAAAGGCUUAUGAUGCGCAUGCUCCUGCCCUAGUGAAGCGUACCCUUAGUCUGAAUGAAGCAGACGAGGGAGCCAGGCGGUCUAUGGCUCGUCGCAAGAAGAAUGCUCCGCCGAUGAACAUCAACACCAAGUGUUCUCACUGCGACAAGAUCUUCCAAAGACCAUGUGAUCUGACGAAACAUGAGAAGACGCACUCGCGCCCUUUCAAGUGUCCAUUUGAGGGGUGCAAGUACUACGAACUUGGGUGGCCCACCGAGAAGGAGAACGAGCGUCACAUCAAUGAUCGUCACUCAACCACGCCUCGCAUGUACGCGUGCACUUUCAAUGGCUGCGCCUACAAGUCCAAGCGCGAGAGUAACUGCAAGCAGCACAUGGAAAAGGCACACGGUUGGAACUAUGUUCGUGCUAAGAACAACGGACGCAAUGCCAAGCGACGGGCUACUUCGGCUCGCGACAGUCCAGCUGAAGAGAGCACGGCUCACUCGAGCCCUGUGCACAUGGGUCCUGAUCCAGUGAGUUCUAUUCAGCUGGCUCCGGCCCAGGUGGCUUCCCUCCAGAUGGCCCCCGAUCCGAUCAGCUCUCUUCCGAUGGGCUCGGAUCAGGUCAGCCUACUGCAGAUGCAUCCGGACCAUAUGAGCCCCCUUCAGCUGAGCCCAGACCACAUGAGCCCGCUGCAAAUGACUCCCGACCGCGCCAGCCCCGUCGAGAUGCAUUCUCUCCAAAUGAGCCCGGAUCAGGGAAGCUCGGUCCAACUGAGUCCGCCCCAAGUGAGCCCCGCUCAACUGAGCACGCCGGCGACUGGCCCUCUCCAAUCGCCCACUGGAUUUGUCAACUACCCGACCAACCAGAUGUUCCAGCUGCAGGACCCGUACACUCAGCUCAAGAACGAAGACUGUGUUUUGUAUACCGACAAUGAUUUUGCCCCAUACAACGGGUCAACGGAAUUCUUUGAAGACGCCUCCUUCGGAUACGGAGAGCAUCUGUACCAAACCGGUCAGAUGGACAUGAGUUCUAUUGGAGCCUUGUGUGAUGACCCUUUCAUGAACAACAUGCUCUGGGACAACACCUUUCCCGACGAAAAUCUCUACGCUAUCAACCAGCCACCAAUGGGUCCGUUUUAG